ACUAAUAAGUGUGAAAUAAUGUUUAGUUUUUAAAUUUGUAAUGAUAAAUUUCAUUCAUGGAAAAUUUAAAAUUAGUAUUGUCUGUUGCAGACUGUGGAGCAUCUGAAGAAUGGGUUUGAAGGAAGAUAAAAAGUCAACGCAUAUUUCUAGAAGUAAAAGGAGAAGGACGGAUGUUUCUCGGAUGUGGUCGAGAUCACGCUCGAGGUCAUCAUCCAGAUCCCGAUCACGAUCAUCAGGGUCACACUCUCCACAACGUAGUUUUUUGGCUCAAGAGGAGAGAAGGGUCCUGUUUAUCGGGAGGAUUUUGAAAGAGAUGACGAUGGAUGAUCUUAAAACACGUUUCCAACGAUUUGGAACAAUAAUUAGCAUUGACUUCAACGAGAAAACAGACAACUUUGCAUACAUUACGUACGCAAGCAGUGCGGACGCCUACCAGGCCGUUGUGUACGGCAAAGAUCAAACACUCUUCAAAAUCUUGCGGUACGACAGGCGCAAGGCGCCUCGAUAGAAGCUGGCGGUCCUCACCAGGAGAAAAAUCCUGCACCGAGCCCCAUGUGCUCUGUGCGCCGAGCUGGAAACCGUGCACUGAGCAGCCAAGUAUCAAAUGUAAUGUAAAACAAAGUGAGAAGGUUCCAGCAUCUAAGAGGUCAGUCUGGCACCAGGUCCAGAUUACAUACCGAACCUAAUUAUAAUAUUAAUAAUAAAUAAUUAUAACUAGAAUCAAGA